AUGUCAGAAUCGAUGGAAGGAGAUGCGUCCCUGGAGCAGGAGGAAGGCGGCGAGGGCUUGGAGGAGAGUGGGGACCUGCAAGACUCAGCGCAGAUGGAGGGUUCACAGGAGGAGUCGCACAUGGAGGGCACGGAAGACGAGCUGGCUGCGGGAGAUGAGGCUGCUCUGCGUGACUCUGCGCUGAUGGAGACGCACCUCGAUGGCUCGUUCUCGGUGGCGGAGGGAGUGAGCCAACUCGACGUGGACCAUGCGGUCGUGAAGAUUCAGAGCUUGGCGAGAGGGAGCAUGUCGAGGUCGCGGGUCAAGCGCAUCAUGAUGGGGGAGGAAGAUCCGUUCGCGGACUCGCAGAGAGACGUGCUGAGCUUGUGCUGUGGUGAAGGGAGAGUGACGGGGGAGCAGGUGACGAUGAGUCAGAUCAGUAUGGGCACGGAGGACAGUCACGUGGAGCUCGAGGACAUGAAGGAAGCGACGCUGACCUCGCGCCAAGAAGAGUUCGGAGAGUCGAAAUCGACUUUCUCUGAGAGUUACGACGAGGAGGAGAUGUUGAGGAUGGCUGAGAUGAAGGCCAGAGAAGAGAGGAUGCGGUUGGAACAGGAAGCGAGGGAGCAACGCAUCAAGGAGAGGUUGGAGAUAGGAAAGAAGUUUUCAGCUGCCCAGAAGCUAAGGGAAGAAUUGUUGCACAAGAACGCCGAGCUGCAGAAGAAAUUGGCCGCGCACUUUGCAGCGAAGAGAGCAGAGGACAGCAUGCAAGUUAGCAUGUCCGAAGAGAAUCCUGAUGCCUCCUCUGCGGAUGUCGAGCACAGAUAUUUCCAGGCGCUGAGACAGGUCGCAGACAACAAGGCAGAGCUGGACAAGGUGCAGCUAAAUUAUGAUCACGCGGUGCUGGACAUGAAGACAAGAUUGGAGCAGAAGCAGGAGAAGGUUCAAGACCUCAAAGAGCAGUUCAAGCAGACGAAACGAGAGGUCGCAAAGAGCGUCGGAAGCUCUGGAGGGAGGCCCGUUCCUCUCAAGCUGCUGAACCAGCUGGAAGAACAGGGGGAUGAGAAGGACCGAGAGCUGGAAAAAGUCCGGCUGAAGAACAUCCACCUGAGAAACCAGCUGAGAAAGUUGGAGGGGAACCUGAAGAGGAAGGAGGAGCUUUCCAACGAGCUCCACCUCAUCGACUUCGAGCAGCUGAAGAUCGAGAACCAAACGCUGAACGAGAAGAUCGAGGAGAGGAACGAGGAGCUGCUGAAGCUGCGCAAGAAGACAACAACGACCGUCCAAGUCUUGACGCACCUCAAGGAGAAACUUCAGUUCGUUCAAGCUGAGAACCAGCUUCUCAAGGUGGAGCUCGCAGAGCUGGAGGCCGACCUGUCGACCCACAGGGACGCGCUGACGAAGGCGAAGCAUGACCGCGACAACUUGAGGAGCGAGAACCAGAAGCUGAGAGGAGAAGCUGGUCUGAUCGGGAACAACGAGCUGCUGCGAGACUUUGACAGGAGGAAGAAGGAGAUCGUCUCGAUGCAGGAUCAUCUGGAGCAGCUGAAGGAGAGACAUCGAACUCUACGCGAACAAAUCUUGACCAUCAGUCAAAAGAAAAGCCUCAUGACCUCCACCAUUCAAUGA